GACCCAUCAAGAAGUCGGAGCACUUCUAUCAACUCCUGGAUCGACGACCUGCUCAAAAAGGAAUACUUACGGGAUUCAUCCUAUCGUUCCAGUCCCACUUGAACCUGAACUUGAACUUUCCACGUGGCAGAUUCGACGCUCCGGUGCCAUACUUAUCUAGCUUUUUAGCUGAAAUAAGGUGGAAAAUAGUGUUUGAAGAGACACUUGAAACGAAAUUUGACUAUUGUCAAAGUUUCUCUAAUCCAAGAUAUCUUGGAUCGAUUAAAGUGGUAGUGGCCAAAGCGUCUUUGACGCUUACUGGUGCCUCCGGACCUCAACGAUUUAGACCUAAUACUGUCCCAACGAGUCGUUCAGGAAGCAACAUUAUUGUGGUUCUUCCUUAUGUCCUGAUGCCAAUGGAUUGAGUCUGCUUCUUAAGUAGAGGCUUCCCUUGAUUUCUCUCACUUCAAGACCAUGAACUGAAAGCAUAUUUUUCGUCGCACAUACUGCGCUUUUGCGCUAUUUGGUUUUUCCAAGACUAUUAGCCGUUAGUCCUGUCAUUCUUCGUCCUUUGGUCAUUCAAUGUUUCAAACUCCUGACGGUAUAAAUACACUUGGUGACAAUUUGGCCAUACAUUCAGCCGAAGUCCUCAUCAGUCAGUUCACAUAACCUUGGUAGAUGGGGGUAUCGCUCGCUUCCACUUUUCUUUAUCAUAGCCUGUGCCAGCCUAGCCCAUAUGUUUGUACCCUAAUGCCUCUUCCUUCAAUGUACAUGGGUCUAUGAUCUCGGCCGCUUACUUUUACAGUUGUACCUACAAUUGAUUUCAAAGGGUUAAUCGUUUGCGCACCCUCACUUUUGGUUGAUUUUUCAUGUUUCAACUUUGGAACGCAUACGAUCUUCUUUGUGUACAGUACCCUUUGUUCCAGCUGAAAGGCACACUGACUCCUUUUUGUGGGUGUACGCAAAUAUCGGUUUCUGUCGACUCUUUCGCGUCACCUAAACCAUGGUACCUAUGCAACCACCUUUUCAAAGUUUUUGUUUGUCUCCGUCCUGGGUCAAAUCUUGUUCGACUUACCUGUAGCCAUUUUUGUGCCUAUGUUAGAUUAAUAUAUGCCGCUCCACCGGAUGAGACCUUUAUUGUUCAACCUGUCUACGUCACUUGUUCUGAUGAUGAUGGUUCAUUUCAAACCCCAGUUGGUACCAGUCCAGGAACAAUUGAUAGCGCUUUCAAGAAGAUCGGUUUAGGCUUGCGCAUCUUACAGUCGUUGACGGCAGAAAGCUUUUACCUGGAAUUUGGAAAACGAUACACUUUCACCUGCACCGAUUCGACGCGAAACACUGGUUCUGGAUCCCGUGUAUCUUGUUAUCUUCAUCGGUCUGUCAUGACACGUGAGGAAAUGUAUACUUGUUCGCCCAUUAAUGUUUGGUCUAGAAUCGCGCGUGAAUUGCACGACGUCUAUCCACAUCAAUUCGAAAAGACAAAGUGGGUUGCUUUCUUAGCCUGCACGCGUUAUCAUCCUCCUUCAAAGCUGAAUGUUGAAAAUUAUGAAGAGAUGGUUAUACACACGAAGGCUAAUUAUGCCUUAGGCACUGGUGGUUUGGCCCUUGUUGGCACGGGUACUUUGCACGCAUGGCCGGAGGCUUUAGAUGACUUGGACGUUGUGUUGCGCGAUACGCGACGGUUGGACUACACUGGCACCAUGGAUGACACGGCGUACCGACACACUUUUUGGGCCGCUUUUGCUACCGGUCUCGGGACGGUGUGGCACGAACUCGGUCACUGUUUUGGGCUUGAUCACACCGCCGAUGGAAUUAUGAACCGUGGCGGGGAUGAUGUCCACUUGUGCAUCGGAUUCCCCCCUCUUGGGUCCAUCUGUGCAGAUGGAUGUGAAGAUCAGUCAUCCGAUACGUUUCGAGGUUGCAUCCCGGAAAACCGCAUUCCCACCAAGUUCAUUCCUCCGAAACAGCUACCCACUGUGGCUCAGUUCUGCCAGUAUACUCUCCUCGAGCCGUCUCCACCGCCGCCUACCGUGGAGUCGAACUCAUCAGCUAAAGCUCCAUGGAGUCGAUGUUACUCUUUGUGUCACCACGGCUCAGCCUUCUGGGGCGUUGAACAUAUUCACAAGUUACUCCAAAGCCCAUGGAUUAUUCGCGCCUCUAAAGGACAGUACGAUGAAUGACGCACAACUGUCCGCACUCCCUCAACCUCAUGUGCUUCGGUGUCUUUUUUCCAUACAAUUCAGCAGCAAAAUGUGUCACUUGCUUGCUUAUGUGACUUUCAUGAGGUGUGCUCCAAAUUUGUGCGAGCAGAUUUUUCCGUGUGUUCUGUGAAUCAUAAUGAGUCUUUCCCAAAGGUGUUUCUUCCAUCAAAAGCGGUGC